AUGGUAUUACCACAAAUUGGUCAACAGCAGCAGCAACAACAGCAGCAGCAACAGCAACAACAACAACAACAGACACAACUCAAAUCAUCAAAUACAACAAGUAAUUAUGGUGGUGCACAUGCUUUGAACGAAACACAACCCAAAGUUAUAGAUGAAAUAGCAGAAUCUGUCUAUGCCAACUUUGUAUUAUUUUUGAAUCAAUUUGAUCUUCCCAAGUCAAACAACAACAAUGAUAAUGAUAAUGAUAAUAAAAGAGCUGAUCAAGAACAACAAAUGGGGUUUGGAUUGAACCAAGACAAGAUCUCUUCCUAUUAUCAAAAAAAGAUAAAUACAAUGCUAAAGAACAAUGAAUCAAGUUUAAAUGUAAACUUUGUUCAUGUACAACAAUUCAACAAGACAUUGGCAAGAGCAAUUCAAGAUCAAUAUCACAGAGUCGAACAACCACUUCGAAAAUCUCUAUUGCUCGUGGCAAAGGAUGUAAUGCCAGAGUAUUUUGUUAAUUUGUCACAAAACAAAGAAGCAGAAAGACCAUUUUUUAUUUGUUUCUACAAUGUAUCUGAAGAAUUAAAGAUAAGAGAACUAAGAACAUCAAGAAUAGGUAGACUAUGUACGAUUACAGGAACUGUUACAAGAACAAGUGAAAUUAGACCAGAACUUUUAAUUGGAUCAUUUUCUUGUAUGGAUUGCUCCAACCCUUCAAGUAAAAUUCAUCAACAAUUCAAAUAUACUGAACCUUCAAAGUGUUUAAAUCCUCUUUGCCACAAUGCAAGGCGUUGGCAAAUCAAUUUGGAUGAUUCAAUUUUUGUUGAUUGGCAGAAAGUUCGUAUUCAAGAAAAUAGUGGAGAAAUUCCUUCGGGUAGUAUGCCAAGAUCGAUAGAUAUCAUUUUACGUGGUGAUGCUGUAGAGGUUGCUCGUGCCGGUGAUAGAUGUCAAUUCACUGGCACUUUAAUGGUUAUCCCAGAUGUAUCACGAAUGAAUAUUGGACAGAGUGCAUCUAUCAUCAAAGGUGUUCCCAACUCUGUUGGUGAAGGUGCUGGAAAGGAUGAUUUUGGUGGCGUUGGUGGCCUAAAGGAUCUAGGUGUCAGAGAGAUGAACUACAAAUUGUGUUUCUUCUCUUCGACUGUUAGAUCUAUUGAAAGUAAAUCAUCUUUGGAAGGUACCUCAUCUGCAAGUGAGCAAUCUAUCAACACAAAGGCAUCAACAGAGGAUCAAGAAGACGAAGAAAUCAAUUCACCAGAAGAUUUUCUUAAACUCCUCUCGGACAAAGAGAGAGAGGCAGUUCUCAAAAUAUCAAAAACCAAAAAGCUCUACAAAACGUUGGUCAAUUCAAUUGCACCAUCCAUUUUUGGUCAUGAAGAGAUUAAGCGUGGUGUCUUGUUAAUGAUGUUUGGUGGUGUACAUAAAAAAACACCAGAAAGAAUUAGACUCAGAGGUGACAUUAAUGUUUGUAUAGUUGGCGACCCCUCAACCUCUAAAAGUCAGUUCCUAAAGUAUCUCGUUUCAUUUAUGCCACGUACCGUUUACACAUCUGGAAAAGCUUCCUCUGCCGCUGGUUUGACUGCAACCGUUGUAAAGGAUCCAGAUACUGGUGAUUUUAAUAUCGAAGCUGGUGCUUUGAUGUUGGCCGAUAAUGGUAUAUGUUGCAUUGAUGAAUUUGAUAAAAUGGAACCAUCCGAUCAAGUUGCAAUUCACGAAGCAAUGGAACAACAAACUAUUUCAAUUGCAAAGGCUGGUAUCCAUGCAACUCUAAACGCCCGUGCAAGUAUUUUAGCAGCUGCAAAUCCUAUAGGUGGAAGAUAUGAUAAAUCAAAAUCUCUAAAGGCAAAUUUAAAUAUUGGAUCACCUUUAAUGUCAAGAUUUGAUUUAUUUUUUGUUGUAUUGGAUGAAUGUGAUAAAGAAUUGGAUAGAAAGAUUGCAAAGCAUAUUGUAUCUGUACAUCAAAAGAAGGAGAAAUCGUUAACAGCUCUAUUCGAACCCAAGGACAUCCAAAACUAUAUCAAAUAUGCUCGAUUAUUCAAACCAAUGAUCUCACAAGAGAGCACAUCCCUAUUUGAAAAAUAUUACUCAAUGUUGCGUCAAAACGAUACAAGUUAUGGUGGAAAAACAGCUUAUCGUAUAACAGUCAGACAAUUAGAGUCAAUGAUCAGAUUAUCAGAGGCAAUGGCAAGAUUGCAUCUUGACAACCAAGUUGUACCUCGUUAUGUGGAAGAGGCUUUUAGAUUGUUAAAAAAAUCAAUCAUACACGUUCAAACAGAUGAUUUGGAAUUAUCUGACAAUGAAAUGGAAAACCAUAAUAGCAUCACCGACGUUAACAACAACAACAACAACAUAAAAAGAAAGAGAAGAGAUGAAGAUGAUGAACCAGUUAGUAUGAGCCAAGAUACAAACGACAAUGACAGUAAUAAUAAUAACCAAAAGAAAAAGAAUUUAAAGAAAUCAACAACAACAAAACAAAAAGCACGCAUUACAGCUGACGAUUAUUUCCGAAUUUGCAAACUUUUCCAAUUGCACAUUCUUAGAAGAACAGAUGGCCAAAUGAAAUUAAAAGACUUGCUCGAUUGGUAUGUCAAAGAUCAACUUGAAACCAAUAUCAUCUCAGAGGAUGAAGUCGAUAAAGAAAGACAAUUGGCAAGAUUAAUCAUCAACAAAAUGAUAAACGAUGGAUCUAUUGUUGUCCUUCAAGGCAAUACAGACCCUGAUGAAAGAGUUGUCCAAGUUAAUCCAAAUGUGGUUGUUUAA